AUGCCCCUCAAAGACCUCCUCAAGAAACGUUUCACCUCGGCGAUACAAUCGAUACCUCCCCCAGCAUGGAAAAUCCUAAUUACAGAUGAUCACUCGCAAGCUCUGUUGGAUAGUGUGUACAACAACUUCGAUAUCCUCCAGCAGAAUGUUACCUCCGUCGAACCAUUACAUUCACCCCGACCACCCAUGUCAGUAGACGCCAUAUACCUCUUGACCCCAACUUCACAGAAUGUAGACCGGAUAUUAGCGGAUUUCAGCGGAAGGAGGACGUAUAAAUCUGCUCAUUUAUAUUUCAUAGAUGGUAUCGACGAUAGAUUGGCUCAGAAACUUACAGAUGGAUUACAAGGCGGUAUUUUGCAAGCCUUUGUAGAGCUGUAUUGCAAUGUAUGGGCUAUUGAGGAUAGAGUCUUCUCGCUGAAAAAUCCGGGAUCAUUCUUUACGAUGUUCGGACCAUUAGGAGGAGCGGCGUCAGCGGAUUUAGCAGUAGAAGCGUUUGAGGAUGACGUUAAAGUAGCUGGGAGAUCUAUCCUGAAUUUUCUAGCAACAAUAGACGAGUCCCCCUAUAUACGAUAUUAUCAACCUCAUCAUCAUCCACCUUUAGGACCUCUGGCAGCUCAAGCACAAGCUUCGGCACCUGUUCAACAGCAAGCGCCUCAGUCGCUUAGAUGGAGAUCAGCAAUGGGAGGUGGACCCAAAACACCUGAGAUAGUUGGAGAACAUCUGAGUAAGAAGAUUGCAAAUCAGCUGCAGCUGGAUUUGGACGAAUACCUGCAGAAUAAUCCGGAGUUUCCUCCUGCGAGUGGCAGACCCAAAGGAGUUCUGUUCGUAGUGGACCGAUCGAUGGAUCCCGCUGCACCGCUGUUACAUGAGUUCUGGUAUCAGGCUAUGGCGAAUGAUCUCUUGAAGAUAGAAGAUGGAGUUCGAUACAAAUACACUUAUACCAAUACGAUAGGGGGAAAGGAAGAAAAAGUUGCUGAGCUCACUGAAGCCGAUCCGGUGUGGUGUUCUGUCCGACACCUGCAUAUGAAAGAUGCCAUUGAUACACUCAUGACGGACUUUGGAAAAUUCGCACAGGAGAAUGCAGGAUUCGGAGGUGGUGGUAACGUCAAUGUGAACGAUCUCAAAGAUAUGCUGGCCUCCUUGCCACAAUUCCAAACUCAGCGUGAACAAUUCUCGUUACAUCUUGAUAUGGCUCAGGAGUGCAUGUCGAUCUUCGAGAAGAAGAAAUUAUCCCUUGUUGCCAACGUAGAACAGUGCUGUGCGACAGGAUAUACCUCAGAGGGUAAAACCCCCAAGACUAUAGUGGAAGAGAUGGUACCUCUGCUAGAUGAUCGUGUAAACAUAACAUCACUGGACAAAGUCCGCAUUAUGGCUCUGUAUAUCCUUUUCAGAGAUGGGGUAGCAGAUGAAGAUCGAAGGCGAUUAUACCAACAUGCUAGAUUGUCAAUAUCGGAACAGGAUAUGGUUAAUAAUAUGAUCCACCUGGGGGUGAAAAUUAUCAAAGAUUCGAGUCGAUCGAACAAAUCUAGGAUCAAGCAGAAACCGUCUAAUCAGGAAGGUGAAUAUGAGUUAUCGAGGUAUAAACCUAUUGUGCAGAUGGUUCUGGAGGACCAAUCGUCGUCAAGACUCGAUCAAUCAAACUUCCCAUACAUCCGCGAUGCCCCCGUCGACGCUACGACUUCGUUACGAGGAGGUAACACCUUGGCAGCCCCUUCACAAUCUGGAUCUUUGAGGUCUGCCAGGCCGACAUGGCACAAAGCUCCUUCGGCUCGGAUGAACAACACGGAGGGAAAACAGAGGAUCAUAAUUUUCAUUGCCGGAGGAAUGACUUACAGUGAGAUGAGGUGCGCUUAUACAGUUGGAAGAGCAUUAGGAAAAGAUGUCUAUAUUGGCUCAACACACGUCUUGACUCCUGAGAUCUUCACGCAGCAGAUGAGAGCAUUGGGAAGAGGAGGUAUAGGUGCGAACCCACCUGGAGGAAUCCAGCCUCAUCCUCAGGGACCUAGUAGACCACAUCGAUCACCUGGUCAACCUACAUCUUACCAGAAUAUCCUAGAUUUCAGACAUUGGACCGUCCCCGUCGGACCACCCGUAAUACCGCCUCCUCAACCACAGAUCCAAAAUCAGCACCUGCAACAACCCAAAUUACAGCAUCAAUCUUCCUAUGCGAGCUCACUGAACGAUUCGAUGAGUAAUCUGAGUAUGAGUAGUGGGAAGGAUGGGGUGGAGAAGAAGAAGAAGAAGAAAUUAUUCGGUAUGAAGAUAUAA